UUUGGCCUCACUUCAUUUGCAGCUGCCAAGGUGUUAAAAUGUGUUGCAGUUGUUGUGGCGUAACUCAGCAGAAAAUAUGGGUGUUUCUAAUAGCCGUUUUGUUCCUUGUGCCAGGAUUGCUCUUAGUCAUUUUGUGGACAGACUUUAUAAACGAUAAAAUAUACGAUAUGCUGCCCCUUGGUCCUUGCUCGAACACAUACGACAAAUGGGUGCAGACACCCAUACCGGUCUACAUGUAUAUGUAUCUCUUCAAUUGGACAAAUCCGGACCAGGUGCGCACAAUUGGUGUCAAGCCGAAUUUCCAGCAAGUGGGUCCAUUUGUUUAUAGAGAGGAAAAGCUCAAAGAAGAUAUAACCUGGCACUCAAACAAAACUGUAUCUUACUAUGGGCAGCGUACAUGGUACUUUGAACCCGAGAUGUCGGGAGCCUCGCUGGAUGACCUAGUAACUUGUCCGCAUCUGCCCUCUUUGGCCGCAGCAAACGUGAUGCGGGAUGAAUCAAAAAUCCUCAAAUUAGGCUUCAAUAUCGCGCUCAAUAAUAAUGGUGGCGCGCUCUAUCAGACACACACGGCCGGUGAAUGGCUUUUCGAUGGUUUUUACGAUGAGUUUCUGGACUAUGCUAUGAAACUAAAUAGUUCCAUGACUGGCCCUGUGGAAUCGAAUCAUUUUGCUUGGUUUCUUAAUCGCAACGGCUCUAAAGAGUUCGAGGGCCUCUUCACCGUACACACUGGCCAAGGCGAUUUGACCCAAAUGGGUGAAAUUAAAUUUUGGAACGGUGUAAAUCACACUGGCUUCUAUGAGGGUGAGUGCGGUCGCCUGAAUGGCAGUACUGCCGAUCUGUGGGUACCGAAUAUUGGUCCCGAAGAAUACAUCACGGUCUAUAUUACCGACACAUGUCGCAUUAUCAAUCUGGUACCAACCGGUGAAGUUGAAAUUGAAGGCAUCAAAGCGACCAUGUAUGAAACCAAACCGGACACAUUCGACAACGGUCAACGUAAUGCCGAUAUGAAGUGUUAUUGCCCAAGUGAUAAACAACCCGACAAUUGUCCGGCGACUGGUGUGACCGACCUCGGUCCAUGCGCUGAAGGCGUACCCAUGUACUUGUCGCACCCACAUUUCAUGUACGCCGAUGAGAGUUUCGCAAACACGACAACUGGUCUCGAGCCCGAUUAUGACAAACACAAUUUUUUCAUAGUUAUGGAGCGAAAACUGGGUGUACCGUUGCAGGUGAAUGCCAAUGUCAUGGUCAGCUUACACAUAAGGAACGACAGUGAUAUAACCAUUUUGCGUGACUUACCGGAGUUUUAUGCGCCGCUUUUUGUGACCUCAAGUAAGGCUGUUAUCAGUAAGGAGCUUGCAAAGGAAAUUAAGCUCGCUUUGAAUCUGCCCGCGAUUGGAUUUUAUUGCGGAUUAGCGUCUAUAAUUAUAGGCGCUAUUAUUGGAACUGUUGGCAUAUAUCUGACCGUUACUCAUAACUGGUAUGGCGAAUCUAAAAAAUAAAUGUUUAAAAAAAUUGUAUAGCUUCCAGCAAAUGUAGAUAUUAAAGUGAAUUUUAUUAUAACCUUCA